AUGGCUCUAGGGCCAGUUCGAUAUCUCCUGUUUGCUGUCACAGGACUGGCACUUUUCUUCCUGAUAUCGAGAAGCGCAAUCCCGAUCCCGGAGCAGAUCGGCUCGAAACUCAACUAUGGAUCCUCCUCGUCCUCGUCCUCUUCGUACUCCCAGAGCGAUGCCGCCGCCGCAUACUCAUCCAACAAGGUCAUCCCCGCGGCCGACCGCAUGAACGCAACCUUUGUCACCUUGGCCCGGAACAGCGACCUUUGGGAGAUGGUCAAGUCGAUCCGCACGGUGGAGGACCGGUUCAACCGCAACUAUCACUACGAUUGGGUGUUCCUGAACGACAAGCCCUUUGACGAUGAGUUCAUCAAGAUCACCUCGGCGCUCGUCUCCGGAGAAACCCAUUAUGGCGUGAUUCCCAAGGAGCAUUGGUCAUACCCCGAAUGGAUCGAUCAGGAGAAAGCGAAGAAGGUGCGGCAGGAGAUGGGCGAGAAGAAGAUCAUCUACGGCGAUUCGGAAAGCUACCGCCACAUGUGCCGUUACGAAUCGGGCUUCUUCUUCCGCCACCCGUUGAUGCUCAACUACGAAUACUACUGGCGUGUGGAGCCCAGCAUCGAGCUCUACUGCGACGUCCCGCUGGAUCCGUUCCAUUUCAUGAAGGAGAACAACAAGAAGUACAGCUUCACGCUCAGUCUCUACGAAUACUAUGACACGAUCCCGACCCUCUGGGACACUACGCAGAAAUUCGUCGGCGAACACCCGGAACACAUCUCGAGCGACAACUCUAUGGGCUUCUUGAGUGACGAUGGCGGCAAGACCUACAACAAAUGCCACUUCUGGUCCAACUUCGAAGUCGGAAGCCUGGAAUGGUUGAGAUCGAAGGCGUACAUCGAUUACUUUGAGACCCUGGACCAUGCCGGUGGUUUCUUCUACGAGCGGUGGGGUGAUGCCCCGGUCCACUCCAUUGCUGCCGGUCUGCUUCUCGACAAGGACCAAAUUCAUUUCUUUGAUGAGAUUGGCUACUAUCACGUGCCAUUCACCCACUGUCCAACCGAGGAGAAGAAGAGACUGGACCUGAGAUGCUCCUGCAACCCUAGCGAGAACUUUGAUUGGAAGGGUUACUCUUGCACAUCUCGGUACUUCCAGAUCAACAACCUGGACAAGCCCAAGGGCUAUGAGGCCCAAACCUGA